AUGUGCGACGACAUGGGUACCAACGGCAUGGACAACUCUUUCGAGUCUUUCGAGUUUCUUUCUGCUCCGUCGGGUGAUGCCGAUCUUUCCGCUGCCGACAACAGCGAGAAUUUGGCUUUUGUUGGCGACGGCGCCCUUUAUGCUGCCGACGACGGUUCUGUCCUCGACAACGGCCUUGGACAUGGCACCUUCCCAGCUGCAUUGGAAACCCAGCUCCCUAGGGAGAUGAUGAUGCAAACCGCGUCCCCCAAGUCUACACCCCUGUUCCCAUCGCCUUCCCACAGCGACAGCUCUAUUCUGCUGCCCCUGUCGCCCCCCGCCCACGGGUCGGUGGCGACUGGCUCUUCUUUCGCACCGGCGGUCCCUGGCCUUCAAGGAGAUCACCAGGACCCCCCCACCAAUGGCCUACAUGUGGUGCCUAGCGGCGUUUCCGAGGAUCCCUUCGCCGACAUUACUCUUGAGACCAUCAAUGCCUUCAAUGGCCCCUUCAAUCCGAUCUUCGAUACCCAUCGUAUCCUCACCACUCCUAUGGCACCCUUCGGUGUUCCCCAAGCCUCGGUCAUCAUGCCUACCAGAAACACCCAGCAGGCAGCACCGCCCAUGAUGGACUGGACCAAUUAUCCUUACGAGCCUACCGCAGACCACAUGAUGCUCCCUGCUGCUAUGCCUGUGGACCUUAUGGCUUACAUCAGCCCCUUCCAUGUACCCCCCGCUGCCGCGGCUACUUUCGGUCUCGACGAUUCCAGCAUUGUGUCCGCUUCUCUAGGUGAUCUCGCUUAUCAGUGCAUGGUCCCUCGACAAAUGCCUGUCACAAAUGAUAUCUACCAAACACCCACAGGCGCUCAGGCUCUCAACCCUGACAUCACCCAGCAGACCAACCAUCACAUCUCCGCCGCCCCUCAGCCCGUUCCGCCUUUUGUCCCCUCUUCCCAUGUUCUUGGGAACGAUGACUCGUCUCCCACCCUCAACAGCUCUGCUACUCAGCCGGCUGCCAAGAAUACCGCCUCCAAGCGCAGGCGACAGUCUGCGGACGAGGGCGACAAAGGCUCCAGUCUCCAAGUGACCGACGAGGAUGGUGAGACUACCGCGUGCAUUAUCAAGAAUGGAAAGAAGAUCAAAGUCCAAUUGGAGGAUGGAGAGGUAGUGCAGGAGGUCCAGCGAGUCUGGAUUGGGUGCAAUGAAUGCAGGCGUACAAGGAGAAAGUGUAACGGUCUUCACGUCGACAGGAAGGAGCCUUGCGACCGCUGCAUCGAGGGCGGCAUUCCUUGUGUCUACUCGGACAAGGAGCGUGUACACGCUUCAAAGGGCAAGAAGAAGUCGCCUGAGGAGGCUGCGGCUUGCAGAGCCAAGAAGGAGGCCCAGAAGAUCGAAGACGCUAGGUUGUUGGGUGAAGGAAAGUCCCCCAAGAGGAAGACUAAAGCUCGGAUGGUGAUCAGGUCUUCUCCUACCAAGUCCAAGAGCGCAUCAAAGAAGGGGAAGGAGAGGGAGAUCGAAGCCGACACUACCUCUGCUUCAUCCUCUGACUUCAGCUCUCCUCCUGCCUCUUCGUUCGAUGAAGGAUCGCACUUCUCGUCUGGUGACUAG